AGCCACGAGCGCCCCAAAAAAAAAGUUAGUUCACAUUAUAAGUUUUUGAGUUUUUCUUUGUUCUACCCUAAAGUUCCGUUUUGAUCAAUUUCACCCCUUUCUUAGUUCAUCCUCUGUCUUGUCUUUCAAAAGUGUUUCUUGAUUACGGUUUCAUCAAUGGCGGCCAUAGACAUGUUCACAAGCAACAAAGAUCUCUAUUUCAGUCCUCUCAUAGAAACUGCUCCAAUUUCUUUCCAUGAAUCCAACGCAAGUUCUGGUACUUUUAACCAACCUAAGCCUCUCGGUCUAAACCAGCUCACACAAUACCAAAUUCACCAGAUUCAGGACCAACUUAACCAUAGACGCAGCACAAUCUCAAACCGAAUCCGAACGACGAGCUUCUCACCUUCUUCCAAAACCAAGAAUCUCUACAGAGGCGUAAGGCAAAGGCACUGGGGAAAAUGGGUCGCUGAGAUUCGUUUACCCAAGAACCGGACCCGUCUCUGGCUAGGAACGUUCGAAACCGCCGAAAAAGCCGCCUUGGCUUACGACCGAGCCGCUUUUCAGCUCCGUGGAGAUAUCUCGAAGCUUAACUUCCCGAACCUCAGACACGAAGACGUUAAUCCCCUCCCUUCCUCUGUCGAUGCCAAGCUCCAAGCUAUUUGCAAGAGUUUGAGAACAACAGAGGAAGCGUGCUCUGUUUCGGAUCAAACAGAGGAGACUUGCUCUGUUUCAGAUAAAACAGAGUUUUUACUGCCAAAAACAGAUCAUUUCGAGACAAAGGAGUUCUCCGAUGUGUCACCAAGAACCGAGAAGAGCUCGAGUUCGAAUAUGGCAUUCCUGGAUUUCUGGGACUCGGAGUUUGAAAAGACCGGGAGCUUCGGGCUGGUGAAGAUUCCUUCUGUGGAGAUUGAUUGGGACAGUUUGCUUCGGGCUGGUGAAGUUUCCUUCGGGAGCUUCGGUGGACAGUUUGCAAUUAGCAAACUGUCCGACUCUUAAAGUCUGUUAUUGUUCUUCUGCAACUAAAUUUUUUAACAAGUAGCAGAGGAUUUGGUAACACAUUAGUGAACCGAAAUUAUGAAUUUAGCAUGCUGCAUGCAUAAGAAAAUAAGAUAACAUUCAAACAGUUUUAUUUUUCUCGCCACUUAAAACAUGUUUCAAUCCUCUAAGUGAAGAUAUCUAGUUAGUUCAAUAUAUAUAUCUUUGGACACGCGAAAUAAAAGAUCUUCUCGUAUUCAUCGGAUAAUGUAAUGUUGCAUCAAAUAAAGAUCAAGCAACUCUAGAUUGGUAAGUUGCGGAAUC